AUGGCUGCUAACAACUCACUGGCUGGUGAUGAUCUCUUAAACCGAAAGAUCGGGUUCCUUACUCUGCAGGUCCUGGUGAUGCUUUUUCUUUCCAUCAACUUGUUGCUCAUCAUAACCUUUUUUCAAAAGGAAUAUUUCUACACAUCUGCUCGCUACAUAUUAUUUGCUGUUACAUUACUGUCUGAUAGCUUGUUAUUAUUCAUGACUGAUUUCCUUCUCGUUUUCGCCCAUUUUCAUAUAAACAUUCAAGGUUGGUUAUGUAUCAUUAUAUGUGCUGUGAUAUUUUUGUAUCUUACUGUAACACCAGUUACUCUGACAGCAAUGACCCUGGAGCGCUAUGUGGCCAUCUGCAUGCCCCUGCGCCAUGGAGAGCUGUGCUCCACACGCAGCAUUAUGCACAGCAUUCUCAUCAUUCAUGUCCUCAGCUCUGUGCCCUGCAUUGUUGUUCUCUCCACCUUCUUUGUUUUGGCAUCCCUUAGCUUCUACAAAGAGCAACAUAUAUGUUUAGUGGAGGUCUUUUUGUUUCACAUAUGGCAGCAUCAUCUUAGAUCAGCUGUAUAUCAAUUCCAGUUUUUAAUUUUGUGCAUCAUCAUUGUUUUCUCCUAUGUUAAAAUAAUGAAAGUGGCCAGAGCUGCAUCAGGAGACGAUAAAAAAUCAACACAAAAAGGGCUCAGAACAGUUCUUCUUCAUGGUUUUCAGCUGCUCCUCUGUUUCAUCCAGAUGUGGUGUCCAUUCAUAGAAUCUUCAUUAUUUCAGAUUAAUUUUACUUUAUUCGAAAGUAUCAGGUACUUUAACUUCCUAAUGUUUUAUCUUGCACCAAGAUGUCUGAGUCCUCUCAUUUAUGGCCUCAGAGAUGAAGUCUUUUUUCAUGCACUGAAAAACAUUGUCUACCUUGGUUUGAAUAAAAGAAAUAUCACUUGA